AUGAAAUUUGAGGCGUAUGCGAGCCCCGACGUAUACUUUCAUUCUGUUCGUUGGCUUCAGCUAGAUUUCUCGCAGGGAGGUGCAAGCCAGAGAUUUUGGCAGGCUCUCGGUGAAUAUCAGCUCGAUGAUGAUGAGCCUCUGAUCUCUUCGUGUAGCGAUUGCGAUUUCAUGACGAGAAACCUCGUUCACCAUCUGCAAGGCCCUGCGCCACUCCAGCGCCUCAAAGGAUUGUCCCUCGGCCUACCUAACUCAGAUAACAAUGACUUCCUUCAAUCAUCGGUAGACAUCAUCGAGAAACUCUUCCGGUGCCCAAAGCUCAGAUUCCUCUAUAUCACGGACGUAUCUGAAUGGAGCCCAUUGGUCUAUAUGCCCGAAGUACCGGAACAUCUCAUAGUAUCCCUGGACGUGGCAGCCUUCGCGAGGGAAGGCAGGAUGGAGAUGUACUAUAAUCUCGUUCCACAUCCCGUUUCGAUUAAGGUCGAGCUUUUUCAAGCCCAUGAAUGGCCGAUAGAAUGGAAUGAAUCCAUUCGGAGAUUUCAUCUUCACGGGGGAAAUGAAGCCUCCCAGUUACUGGCCUUUCUGAGGGGAGUUGCCGAUGCCGAGGAGUUCAGAACCAACGGCCUCUAUUUGGACCAAGAUAUCAUCUGCAAAAUCAUCGCACGAUCUGGCUGCUGGGAGAUGAUCGUCGAUUUCGAUACCAAAUCCCUGACGUUCACUUUCGAUGAGCCAAGCGAUACCAGUGGAUAUGAUUAUUUGGAAGAUGAUUCCGAUCCUGAGGAGGAGACGAAGAAGGUAAAAGAGCCGGAGGAAGGGUUUCAUAUAAUAGAGCUCUCUCCCCGCAUCCUUCAGAUCAUGCCGGACGUUCAGAUACUUCGCCUGCGUCUCGAUGGUCGAUGCGAGGAAAAGGAAUAUGAGAAGAAAUUCGGGAUGGACGACGCUGAUAUUAUCGCACUCAUCCAACACCUGGGCUCCCUCCGAUCCUUACGCAAACUCGAAGUUGACCUCGAAUACCCCUACAACUUCAGCGUAAAGCGUCGUUUCGUCUGGCUCGAAGGAGACGCUAAGAUGAUCGCUCAGGCUGCCUCACCCUCAUUGACGGAAGUAACGCUAUCAUACCUCAGUCAUGCUCCUGUUAAAGAAGAGAACCACAAGCUGGAUCGCAUAAUGUCCUCGUGGAAAGUAAGCCGUUAUGGAGACAGCUUGUGGCUCGAUAAGAUGAUUGAUUAUGCAAUGAUUCACUCUCGACGUGCUUCGGAUGCGUUCCCUGAGCACAGGAUGGUCUGUGACGAAGUUCCAAGCGUCACCUUCGCGAGUACGGCACCCGUAGAGCGGUGUCAUAAUUUCAAUUUCGGUCUCGCCUCGACCGUUGUUCCAUCCUUUGUUCAUUUUCCCAGUGAGAUAGAUGCCACGGCGGACAUCAAGCUCAUACUUGUAAGAUCUUCGAGCAUGUUUAGUAUAGCCGAUAUCGAUGCUAGGGCCUUUGAGACGAUCGAGAGCCUUGACGACACGAUGCCUCCUAUUUCCAACCGAAGAACAAUUGGACGACCUGUUCCAGACGGUGUCACUGUGUCUAUCUCGAAACGGCCACCACAAGAUAUUGACACAUUCGUAGAACCUGAAGUUGAAGUUGAAGAACGCAAGAUGAUUCCUGAGUAA